AGAGAAGUUCGUGAGCGACGAUCAUCAGGACUUCAACGAUCAAACUGUAAAGGAUACUCGACAAAGUACUUUCUGGAACGUGAAGAAGGCUGGCAACUUCUACUGGACCGAAGGAGAAGACUAUUCGUUCGAAUCCAUCGAAACUACCAUGAUGGGCAGGGUAGAUGAGAAUAAGGACCAAUGCGGAGUGGUGAUGCUGUUUCCAAACAUGAUCAAGCGAGCCGAACAAUCAAAGACAAAGACAAAGAGAAGUACAAGAUAUUUGAGACAUAUGGGAAACCACUUGCUAUCGCGCCAUUCUGCGGGGAUAACGCCAUACCCAAGGACGGCUUCUCUAAAUAUUACGCAGUUCCCCAGGAUGAGGAUUUCGGCAUUCGACCAUUGGUAUUUCAUAAUUUGCGAAAAGACAUCAGCCAGGAGCUUUACUUUAUCCUCAAAGGACCGAUCAGCAAUGACCGCGAGGUCGACGGCUUCACCAUGGAUAACUGGAAGACUCAAGCCAUCCUCUGGCCAGAUGAAAGAUUCACACAGAAGACAGAGGCUGGAAAAAUAUGGUAUGCUCCCAUUCUACAAUUGUCCCCGCUGGGUACUUAGAACACAUUCGCUUUUCAGGAAUGAGACGCUCAAGGAUUCGAACCGCGCGCUCGACGCAGAGUACGUUCGAGAAUGGGUCAAAUCCUAUGCUGAAACGAAGCCAGACGGAAUGAUUCCCAACCCAUUCAAGCACGGGAUCAGUGAGUUUUCCAGAGCAAAGGUGACGAAACGAAGUCGAGCUCAAUCUAUCUUACCUGCUCAUAGGCAGCAACGUCUGGCCUGAUUGG